CUGAAAUGUUCAGUGAAAGCCUUUUCCGUGGGGAAAAUCUGUCUGAAUAGACAGUUCUGAACAAGCCUGUAAUUGGCAUGAAGUAAAUAAACAGGUCUUGCUUAUCAGUAUCUGCAAUAAAUUUUGUGAAAAAUAACAUUCUAAGAUACAGAAGCAUAUCUCUUUUUUGAUAAACACCUCUACAAGUGGCACAUUUCCCCUCCCUCAGGGUUUAUCCUUCCCUGCUCAUUAUGUUCUGUAUUCAUCAUCAGAGAGUCGUAUCUCCUCGUAAUUUAGAUAGUGCAGCUGAUAGUGUUAUGUAUGGCACAGUUGCAAAUGGAAGUUCGGCUUUGAUUUCCAUUAUGCAUUACCUUGUCUGACUCCCUUUUAUUGUGCAGUGGAGUAAAUGACCUCCCAGAUAUUCAGGUUCAGAUGUGGAUGUGUUGGUAAAUUCGAGUCUUGAAAUUUCCAUCCAGUGAUAAAAUGGAAUAAUAAAAAAAUCACUUUCUUCUGCUAAUACCUGAGCUCCUUUUGGCUGUCACAGCAGCAUUAUGACUAGAUUGUAUUUUGUAAUAUAUAAGCAUGGAAUUCAAACGAUGUGUGCUGGUUUCUCUUGUUGCAAAAUAAUACAGCAUAGGCAAGAAAAAAAUCAGUGGAUGAGUUGUUCCACUUUUAUUACUAUUAGUUUUACAUGAACUUGACAGAUGAUUGUUGGUAUCAAAUUUGUCAAGUAUAGCAUUUAAUUAAAUAGCCUUCCUCUUACCAGCGUUGAACAUCACCUUGAAUAAAAUUACUUGCCUCGGAUCCAGGCGUGGAAAGGUAUUAGCAGAAAGGAAUAGGUCCUUAAUUGUGUAGUCACGUUGGUGUGAAGGCUGUCCCUGCUCCGUUCUCUGAACACUGUUGACUUGCAGCCAGAAAUGGCUGCUCGAAGCCCACAGUUAGUCUUCUUGCUAUGUUAUCCAGAACAUCAGAGUAGACGGAGAGGACUCAGCUCCCAGCCUGGAGCUGAAUGGCCAGAAGACCCACCCGUGCGUCCGACUCCAGAGCACUCGCUGCAGUUGCCUGCCCGAUACCCCCGCCAGCAGCAGGGCCAGGGGAGCGCUGGAAGCUGCAAAAUGAGCGCCCAAGUGGCCACAGCGAGGGGAACUGCCAGCAGCUCUUUGGCACUUUGUCCUGUCCUUCACCGCAGUCAUUAGUUUGGGCACACAUAGGGGCGGGAAAUGCUGCGGUGCCGCUGUCCUGGGAGCUGAGCCUGAGCCUGGGGCUGUGCAGGGAGCAGGAGAGCUCAGCGGGGCUGCAGAGCAGGGCAGCCUGGUGGGGCUGCCAGGGCGGCUGUCUUCUCUGUGCCUUCGUGAGUCCAUCAGGAUUAAUCAACUAUUGAUCAUCCUUCAGCUUUCCGAGAAGCUGAGCCAUGUGAUCGCUGUUUGCUGAGCUCUGCCCAUCAAAACCUCUUGGCACGGGGAUUAAACAUGCCCCAGCCUCUCCCUCCUGGUAGAGGCACCCUGAGGUCUGAGUGCCGUAUGGACCGAGGAGGUGGCUCUGAGCAGCGUAGCCUAAUCCCAGCUGCCUCGUCUCCUGCCGCUGUGCAGAGAGAGUCGCAGCAAUUAACGGCGCUGGUUUUGAGGAACUAACGGUGAAAGCAGCAUGUUGGCAAACGGGCUGAGCGCAGGGAGCCGCCGGGAGCCGGAGGCCGGCGCUGGGAGCGGGCGGUGACGGCGGCCAGACGGAGAGCAGGGGCUGAAGAUACCCGAUACAAGAUCAGCCCGUGGUGCAGCGAAGCACAGGGCGUUUGUGCCCCGGAGUGCCGGCGCCGAGACCUGGUGAGCGUGGUCUGUCGGUGGGGAGAUCCAAAGUGACCCCUGCAGCAGCACAGGCUGAGCCCGGGGACGGACGUGUCAGUGCUGCAGGAGGGCAGCUGUGGGUGAUGCCAAAGGGACAUCGUCCUCCAGGAACAAUCCACGGCCGUCACGGGCUCCUCUAUCCCUCCUCACCCCGAGCCCCUUCCCAACUCGCUGCGUCUCCGUUCCAGGUGAUGCCAAACCCACGGAGCAGACCAUGGCCAGGCGCGGUGCGGGGUCGCCCUUGCUGCUGCGGCUCUCCCUGCUCCUGCUCCUCCGCCUGGGCGGUGAGUGGGGACCCAGCCCCGUGCCCCCAGAGUCCUCAAGGUGCCCGGUGCCCAUCCCACCAGCUGGGGGUGUGCCGGGGACAGGAGCACCGGCAGGAUGGGGCCCAGCACGGCUGUGAAAGGCUUGCCCAACGCCCGGCUCUUCCCCUCCGGAGGCUGCGGGGCCCCUCUCAGGAAAGGAGCCCUGCUCCUGCCCUGCCUUGGUGCCGGGGGGCUGAGACGGCUUUGUCACGGCCGUGCCCAGGCUGUGACACGCUCUCCCCGCCUGCAGGGACCCUCGGCUGUGCCUCGGUGGAUGUGGGCUCGCCCGUUGUGCUGCUGGGGUCGGCCGUCACGGCGUCCUGCAGCGUGCGCAGCAGGCUGUGCCGCGGGCUGGAGGGCAGGCGGGUCCGGAUCUCCUGGAUGCUGGACAACGAGACGGUGGCCGGGAGCCAGUGCUGCGGCGCGGGGGACACCGAGGUGUCCAACCUGACCCUGGCCCAGUUCAACCGCACGCAGGCCAAGCUGUGGUGCUGGGUGGAGUGGAACGGGACCAAGCAGCGGGUCGGCCUGGCCGAGAUCCGGGCGGGCUGUAAGUCCACCAUGCACGUGUCUCCCCCCGAGGUGCUGCCGUCGCCGCGCGCUCCCAGCCAGGCAGCGAUGCUCGGGGUGGCCGCGGCUUCUCCACGCCCGAGACGGGGCAUUUUGCCCAGCUCCUCUCCUGGCUGCUCUCUCCUAGACCCCCCUGCCAAGCCCUCCAACCUCAGCUGCCUGCUGAACCUCAGCGACUACGGGCUGACGUGCCGCUGGGAGCCGGGAGCCGACAGCCACCUCCCCACCAGCGUCGCGCUCAAGUGCUCCACGAGCAGAGCCCCGGCGGUGACGGGCUGCACCCCGCAAGGUGGCCUCAGCCACUGCACGGUGCCGCGGCGGCUGCUGCAGCUGUACCGGCAGAUGGAGAUCUGGGUGGCCGCCUCCAACGCGCUGGGCACGGCCGAGUCCGAGCACCUCCGCAUCGACCCCAUGGACGUCGCCCAGCUGGACCCCCCGGCCCUGCGGAGCAUCCAGUCCGUGCCCCCCCAGACCGACUGCGUCGCCCUGGCCUGGGCGGUGGCGCCGAGCAGCGCGCACAUGGAGCUGCGGUGCGAGCUGCGCUACCGGCCCCCCGAGGACCCCGCCUGGGCGCUGGUCACCGGCAUCGUCGGCCAGGCCGGCACGGCGCAGUGCUGCGGGCUCCUCUUCGGGACGCGUUACCUCUUCCAGAUGCGCUGCCGGCGGCACUCGGCGCGUGGCCACUGGAGCGAGUGGAGCGCGGCCAGGAACCACACCACCCAUGAGAAAGCCCCCACGGGGAAGCUGGAUGCUUGGUGGAGUACGCGGCCGGACCCGGCGGGCAGGAGGAUGGAGGUGCAGCUGCGGUGGAAGGCCCCGCGGCAACGGGAGGCAAACGGGCGUUUGCUGGGGUACCGCGUGGCUCUGGGGCCCAGGAGGAGAGGCAAGGAGCCCCCGACUGUCUGCAACACCUCUGACACCCACUGCGACUUCACCGCCCCGGCGGGGACCAGGAGGCUCUACCUCUCAGCCUACAACGCCGCCGGCGAGUCGGCAGCGACCGAGGUCGUGCUCCUGGAGAGGAAAGGUCAGCCCCUGGCUGGGCUCCGGGCCGUACCCGGAGGCGAGCGCAGCCUCUGGGUGCGCUGGGAGGCACCCACGGCCCCGGUGGCCGCCUAUGUGCUGGAGUGGCAGCGGGUGGCCUCGGAGCCCGGCCGCUGCAACGCCUGCUGGCAGAUGGAGCGCAAUGGGGCCGCCACCGCCGCCCUCAUCCAUGACGGCAUCGAGCCCUUCCAGCAGUACAACGUCUCGGUGUGCCCCCUCUACAAGGAUGCUGUCGGGACGCCUGCCCACACAGCAGCCUACUCCAGGCAGAAGGCACCAUCCCACGCCCCGAAGCUGCACCUGAAGAGCAUCAGCAAGUCCCACGCAGAGCUCUGCUGGGACUCGGUGGCCGUUGAGCUGCAGAACGGCUUCAUCACCAACUACACCAUCUUCUGGGCCAACAGCACCGCCGAGGUGGCCAGUGCCGUUGUGAACUCCUCUUUCAAUUCCUUCAUCAUCCGGGACCUGAAGCCAUCAACCCUCUACAAAGUGCACAUCAUGGCAUCCACGGUCGGCGGCAGCACCAACAGCACCAGCCUCACCCUGGUGACCAUGGUGCUAGAUGACAUUGAAAUCCAGAUCCUCUUCCUGACCCUGGGGCUGAUCUUUGUCCUGCUCAUAGUCCUGCUGAUCUGCUUCCAGAAGAACGGGAGGGUGAAGCAGCAGUUCUGGCCCAGCGUCCCCGACCCGGCCAACAGCAGCCUGGGCAAAUGGGUGCCGGCGGAGCUGCAGCAGGAGCUUCCGCAAGUCCCCGGUGCGAGGGAGCCCGGACUGGCAACCAUUUCUACCGUCACGGUGCUGGAAAGAGCGGCAGGGAAGCAGGCGCCCGUUUGGGGCAAGGAUCCCCCCGCAGAGACCGCCGUUGCCUUCCCCGGGGUGCCGCAGCCCUACGUGCAGCAGGACGGCCCCGGCAGGGCCGCAGGGACAGGCACUUGCUCCUACGGGAGCGGCGAGACCGUGCAGUACGCGCAGGUGGCAGGGGAUGGCUACAAGGGCCAGCAGCACGUCCCGUGUCGCCUCUACCUCCGCUCCAGCUCCACGCAGCCCCUGCUUUUCGACCGCAGCCCCAGCCCCAAGCCCUACGAGAACCUGUGGUUCCACGGGGCCACCCCCAGCCACGGCUGCCAGGGGUCCGGGGGCUUCCUGGAGGAGCCGCUCAUUGACUUCCCCCUGCUGCAGGGCCUGCAGAUCAGCGGGGCCGAGGAGCUCCAUGACUUCCAGCGGUGUUAACGGCGUGAUCCCAUUAAGGGACUGAAUGCCCCAGACCAAAGCCUGCUCCGUGAUCCCCCCCUGUGCCCCCCAAGCUGGGCACGGAGCCUCCCUCCUGCUGCCCCCCAAGGGCCUGCAGCCCCCAGGGGUGCUCUGUGGGGAUCCUGGGCUUGUCCCUUUUGCUUUCCCAUCCCCUUUUGCUUUCCCAUCCCCUUUGCCCUCCUGUCCCCUUUGCUCUCCCCUCCUGUCCCCCUGCCCCUGCCUCCCAAGCCGGGCACGGAGCCCCCUCCUGCUGCCCCCCAAGGGCCUGCAGCCCCAGGAGGUGCUGUGUGAGGACCGUGGGCCUGUCCCUUUUGCUUUCCCACCCCCUUCACUCUCCUGUCCCCUUUGCUCUCCCGUCCCCCUGCCCCUGUCCCCCCCACGACCCCCACAGCCUGGCUGUGAGGCACGGGCAUGCCCCUCACUGCAGAGCAGCCCUGGCCGGGGGGUUCCCGGUGCUGCGUGCUCGCCUCCCCCCAUAACAACUCCCCCAAUAAACAGGGAUCAGCCCGGGGCUGGCGCCCUCCCUCCUUGUGGCCCUAAAGGGAAUUUUUGGGGGGACACAUCGGGGUCGCGCCCAUCGAUGCGCUCGGCGAUCGCUCGGCUGCGGCGCCUGGGCAAGAUGGCGGCGCCCACGGCGGCGGGCCCGUGAGGAGAUGAGGGCGAUGCUGGCGCUGGGCCGCGGCCUGGCGGGGGCGGCCUCCGCCGUCCUGGGGGGCGGCCAUCGAGGGGCAGGGGCCGUUUGCAGUGCCUUUAUUCAGCCAGCAAGAUGUUACGCCAGACCUGUGAGAAGAAAGAUAAGAGACAUCCCCAGCCAUUUGGAUGAUCUUCCUCCAACAAUGAUGAAGAAAGAGUAUGUCGAUGUCCC